GAAGAUAUGAAAGAAUACACGCUCCUUCUCUUCUUGGCUUUGUGCUCUGCCAAACCUCUCAUUGGUCCUUCAUAUUUUACACUAAAGAAUAUGAUGCUCCAAGAUAUGGAAGAAGAUGAUGAUGAUUAUGAUGAUGACAACUCUCUAUUUCCAACCACUGAACCAAUUAUACCACUAAUUCCUUUUGAUCUAUUCCCAGUAUGCCCCUUUGGAUGCCAAUGCUAUGUGAGAGUUGUCCAUUGCUCUGACCUAGGUUUGACAUCAAUACCUCGCAACAUUCCACCAGAUACUCGUAUGAUUGACCUUCAAAACAACAAAAUUAAAGAGGUCAAGGAAAACGAUCUCCAAGGACUCACAUCACUUUAUGCACUGGCUUUGAACAACAAUAAAAUAUCCAAGAUUCAUCCAAAAGCCUUUCAACCAACAAAGAAGCUACGACGACUGUAUUUGUCCCAUAACCAGCUAACUGAGAUUCCAACAAAUCUACCAAAAACUUUAGCAGAGCUCAGAAUUCAUGCUAAUAAGGUUAAAAAAAUCCACAAGGACGUAUUUAAAGGAAUGAAGUCUCUACAUGUUUUAGAAAUGAGUGCAAAUCCUCUUAACAAUGAUGGAAUAGAGCCAGGGGCUUUUGAAGGAGUAAAUAUCUAUCAUAUAAGAAUUGCAGAAGCUAAAUUAACUUCAAUUCCUAAAGAACUGCCCUCUAGUCUACUAGAACUUCAUUUAGAUGACAAUAAGAUCACAACAAUCGAACUUGAAGAUUUUAUCCGGUAUAAAGAUCUUCAAAGGCUAGGCCUUGGGAAUAACAAAAUCAAAGAUGUGGAAAAUGGAAGUUUUGCCAACAUACCAAGCAUACGCGAAAUCCAUCUUGAAAAAAAUAAACUCAAGAAAGUUCCUCCUGGAUUACCCGAACUGAAAUAUCUGCAGGUAGUCUUCCUUCAUUCUAAUCAUAUUGCAAAACUGGGAGUGAAUGAUUUCUGUCCAACAGGAGGAAGAAAGAAGAAAGCGUUAUACAGUGGCAUAAGCCUCUUCAAUAAUCCUGUAAAGUAUUGGGAGGUUCAGCCUUCAACUUUCCGUUGCAUUUUAGCCAGAAACAGCGUGCAACUUGGAAAUUUCCUCAAAUGA